AUGCUGAAGGGCAAGGCAGCAACCCACUACUUUCGCGAAAUCUGCGAUAAGGCAACUGGCGAUAUCCCCAGAGACCUCCCCACCAUCGUGCGCCUCAUGAAACAACACUUCGAGACCGAAGAGAGCCGCCAGGCGUAUCUUUCAGAAUGGCGAGACAUCGCCUUGAUAAAGGUUAUCCAACAGCACCCAGGAAAGACCAAAUUGGAGGCCUUCGAGAUAAUGCUCGAAAAACUCGCCACGUUGCAAGAAGCCUUAUCAUCGUCAAGUCAAGCUGAAUUUUCACUUCGCGAGCAGGUUAUCAACGCCUGCCGCGAUGUGAGGGAGUGUGAGCUCAGCCUCUUCAACCCAGCAGCAACGUACGAAGGCGUCUGCAACCAACUUCGCACAGCGAUUUCUACUGCAACAAGGUUGCAAGCAACAGGAGCUUAUCAGACCUAUCAGGCUGAAGGUGACCAAUUCUGGACCGACCGGAGAUAUAACGGCAACGGUCGGAACAACCGCUUCCCGAGACAACAAGGAGGAUAUCGUAGCAGCAGCCAGCGACCACAUCCCACGACAUCUACGCCACAUUCAGCCACAGUGCCGUUGAAGAAGUGCUACGUCUGCGGUCAGCCCGGCUGCUGGUCAACGAAACACUCGAAGGAGGACCGCCAACAGGCAUACAACCGCUUCAAAAGCAAUAAGCUUGUGAAAGACUCCUCAGGAGGACGAUAUUAUCACUUCUUGGCCCAGUAUGAGGGAUGCGAAGAGCUCGAUAGCAAUAUCGAUGAUAAUGAGGACAACGAGGAUAUCCAAUAUUACCUCCAGCUCUACGAUCAGACACACUCAAGUCCUCUAGCUCAAGAUAACAACAACGACGAUAGCCAAUUCUUUGUCAGUUAUUUCGGCACAACCGUUGACGGCAACACCCUCACAUCCAUCCUAGCCGACCAGUCAAUUCGUCACGGGAUAACAAAGGAGGCUAUCAAGGGCCAACAACCGGAAUCGCAGGGCAUAUUCACCCUCGAAGGGAGAUACUCGUCAACAACCUUCCAGGGUAUAAUGCCAGACACAGGGGCCUCGAACUACUCUACUGCUGGCCACCCUCAAUAUAUGGCAUUGAACAAAAUCGACCCCUCGAUAACGUUGGAUACCUCCACUGCCGGCGAGGCCAACAUUCGCUUCGGCAGCGGCGAUCCGAUCGCAUCAAUUGGGACAGCAGAUGUUCCGUCCCCCUUCGGCAUUAUCCGAUUUCACGUUGUUCCCGUGAACACUCCUUUCCUCCUCAACUUCUCUCUCGCCUAA